GAUGAAUGGGAAAUGCUCUAUCUGUUUUCGUCGUUGGAAAGCGUAAUCGAGAAUGCCGUUAGCUAUCCGAAGGCAUCGCCGUCGUCUCCACUCUUUCCCGCCACGCCAUGGCUGCCGCCGUCGCCGCCCUCCCCGGCAAGCUCCCACGGCAGCCGCCGCCGCCGCCGCCUCCACCUUCACCUCCCAAUUCGACCUUCCCGCGCUACCCGAAGUCCUUGGCCGCACACCCCGCGCUCUCCUCGAGCCACCCCUCCGACGUGUCGGCGCUGCUCGCCGCCGCCGCGCGCGCCGGCGACCUCCGCCUCGGGCGCGCGCUCCACCGUAGGCUCCUCCGCGGGGACCUCCUCGACAGAGACGCCGUCGUCGCAAACUCCCUCCUCACCCUCUACUCCAGGUGCGGCGCCGUGGCCUCCGCGCGCAACGUGUUCGACGGAAUGCGCGGCCUGCGGGACAUCGUCUCCUGGACGGCCAUGGCGUCCUGCCUCGCGCGCAAUGGCGCGGAGCGGGAGUCCCUGCUGCUGAUCGGCGAGAUGCUCGAGUCGGGGCUACUUCCAAAUGCUUACACACUGUGCGCCGUGGCACACGCAUGCUUCCCCCAUGAGCUCUACUGCUUGGUCGGAGGUGUGGUCCUUGGGUUAGUACAUAAGAUGGGACUCUGGGGCACAGACAUAGCAGUGGGCAGCGCAUUGAUUGAUAUGCUUGCAAGGAAUGGGGAUCUGGCAUCGGCACGCAAGGUGUUUGAUGGAUUAAUCGAGAAGACGGUAGUCGUCUGGACGCUUCUGAUUUCGCGCUAUGUUCAGGGCGAGUGUGCAGAGGAGGCUGUUGAGAUUUUUCUAGAUUUCUUGGAAGAUGGCUUUGAGCCCGAUAGGUACACCAUGAGCAGUAUGAUUUCGGCAUGUACAGAGCUGGGAUCAGUCAGGUUGGGGCUGCAACUGCACUCUCUCGCACUCCGAAUGGGGUUUGCAUCUGAUGCUUGUGUGAGCUGUGGGCUUGUGGACAUGUAUGCAAAGUCAAAUAUAGAACAGGCAAUGGACUAUGCUAACAAGGUAUUCGAAAGGAUGCGGAAGAAUGAUGUCAUAUCAUGGACUGCACUAAUAUCAGGAUAUGUGCAAUCUGGGGUUCAGGAAAACAAGGUUAUGGUGCUGUUUGGAGAGAUGUUGAAUGAAAGUAUCAAACCAAACCAUAUAACAUAUUCCAGUAUUCUUAAGGCCUGUGCCAAUAUUUCUGACCACGAUUCAGGCAGACAGGUUCAUGCUCAUGUUAUCAAAUCCAACCAAGCUGCUGCACAUACUGUUGGGAAUGCUCUAGUCAGCAUGUACGCUGAAUCAGGCUGCAUGGAGGAGGCUAGAAGGGUAUUCAAUCAACUCUAUGAAAGGAGCAUGAUUUCCUGCAUAACUGAGGGAAGAGAUGCUCCUCUAGAUCAUCGGAUUGGAAGGAUGGACAUGGGCAUCAGCAGUUCCACAUUUGCUAGUCUAAUCAGUGCUGCUGCCAGUGUAGGUAUGCUAACCAAAGGUCAGCAAUUGCAUGCCAUGACACUGAAGGCAGGAUUUGGAUCUGAUAGAUUCGUAAGCAACUCCCUUGUUUCCAUGUAUUCUAGGUGUGGUUACUUGGAGGAUGCUUGCCGAUCCUUCAAUGAACUGAAGGAUCGGAAUGUGAUCUCAUGGACUUCAAUGAUCAGUGGCUUAGCAAAGCAUGGCUAUGCAGAACGAGCACUUUCAUUGUUUCAUGACAUGAUAUUAACUGGUGUGAAACCAAACGAUGUCACUUACAUUGCAGUGUUGUCUGCCUGUAGUCAUGUUGGUCUAGUGAGAGAAGGGAAAGAGUACUUCAGAUCAAUGCAGAGGGAUCAUGGACUCAUACCAAGAAUGGAGCAUUAUGCUUGCAUGGUUGAUCUGCUUGCAAGAUCAGGCCUUGUUAAAGAAGCCCUUGAAUUCAUUAACGAAAUGCCACUGAAAGCUGAUGCAUUGGUUUGGAAAACUCUUCUCGGCGCUUGUAGGAGCCAUGACAAUAUUGAGGUAGGUGAAAUCGCUGCUAAGAAUGUCAUAGAGCUUGAGCCACGAGAUCCAGCUCCAUAUGUCCUUCUCUCAAACUUGUACGCUGAUGCUGGUUUAUGGGAUGAAGUUGCAAGAAUAAGGAGUGCAAUGAGGGACAACAACUUGAACAAAGAAACUGGCUUGAGCUGGAUGGAAGUUGAGAACACCACUCAUGAGUUUCGAGCUGGUGACACCAGCCAUCCGCGAGCACAAGACAUCUAUGGUAAGUUGGACACAUUGGUCGGAGAAAUCAAAGGAAUGGGCUAUGUGCCGGACACAAGCAUUGUGCUCCAUGACAUGUCGGAUGAGCUGAAGGAGCAGUAUCUGCUUCAGCACAGCGAGAAGAUUGCCGUGGCAUUUGGUUUGAUUACUACUUCAGCACCAAAACCAAUCAGAAUAUUUAAGAACCUCCGUGUUUGUGCUGAUUGUCAUUCUGCAAUCAAAUAUAUGUCCAAGGCCACCAGAAGAGAGAUAAUAUUGAGAGAUAGCAACAGGUUUCACAGGAUGAAAGAUGGGGAAUGCUCGUGCGGAGAAUACUGGUGAGCUGCACAGCGCAGGUUUGUCUUUGCUAAUGAUCCUGAUCCAGGCUUAACACAGUGAAGCUUUUCUUAGAUAGUUGUAGUUCAUAAUUUUUGUAGUUGCUUUGUAUAGUUCAUAAUUUUUUAGUUGCUUUCUGUUUUGUACAAUCACAUGUUGGCUACAGACUUGUUGUGUUGGUUUGUCAGACUGCUACAUGAUUUGUACAGUUACAUGAAUAAAUAAUUUUUAUUUCGGCAGAA